UAGCCCAGAACUACUUGACUGGGCCAUUGCCUGCUUUUAUAGGAAAUUUAUCAGCCAUGCAAUACCUGACUUUUGGAACUAAUGCUUUGUCUGGACCCAUUCCUAAAGAGCUUGGAAAUCUUAAAAACCUUAUUUCACUAGGCAUGGGGGCAAAUAACUUUAGUGGGACUAUUCCAGCAGAGUUUGGUGGCCUUAGCAGCCUCCAAAAAUGGUUAUUUUAUCACAAUUUUAUAGUAAAAAAGCUACUAAGAAGAAUGAAAUCAAAUAUAUUCAGUUCUCCAAGUUUACAUAUUCUCAGGUACAUGGCUAGUUCUGGACUAAGUGGCGAGCUCCCAACUUCUCUAUCCAAACUUACAACCUUAAACAUAUUGUGGGCAUCAGACAAUAAUUUUACAGGCAAAAUGCCAGACUUCAUUGGGAAUUGGACAAACUUAAACGUUUUGAGGAUACAAGGUAACUCCUUCAAUGGUCCAAUUCCUUCAAGCUUCUCUAGUCUCUCCAAUCUUACUGAUUUACGCAUAGGAGACAUACUAAAUGGGAGUUCAUCCCUGGCAUUUAUUAGUAAUUUGACAUCUCUAAGCUCACUGAAUUCCAAGAUUUCUGAUACUCUUCCAUCAAACUUCUCAAAAUAUACAAGUUUAAUGCAUUUGGAUUUGAGCUUCAAUAACAUUACAGGCAAUGUUCCACAGUCUCUACUGAACUUGAACUCACUAAAACUCUUAUUCCUUGGGAACAACAGCAUAACAGGCAUCUUACCAGAAAUAAAAAGUGAAGCACUCAGUACUAUAGAUCUAUCAUACAAUCAACUAUCAGGAAGCUUUCCAUCUUGGGUCAGCGAUUCAAACUUAGAGUUAAACUUGGUCGCCAACAAUUUUUUCAUAGACAAUUCCAAUAACAGUGUCUUGCCUUCAGGAUUAGAGUGUCUACAGAGAAACAUGCCAUGCUACCGUGAUUCACCAGUGUAUUCUCAGUUUGGAAUAAAGUGUGGUGGAAGUGCAAGCGUGACAAGUUCUGAUGGAACUAACUUUGAUGCGGAUAAUGCUAAUCUCAGUACAGCAUCUUAUUAUGUGACCGACCCUAUAAAAUGGGCAGUAAGCAACACUGGAAGUUUUAAAGAUGCCACAAAUCCUAAUGCCAACUAUAUAAUUAGAUCUCAAUCCCAAUUCCAAAACACACUGGAUCCAGAAUUAUUUCAGACUGCAAGAAUGUCACCUUCCUCAUUAAGAUACUAUGGUUUGGGACUUCAAAAUGGAAAUUACACGAUAAAACUGCAAUUUGCUGAGAUUGGAAUAGUAGAUCCACCCACUUGGAAGAGCUUGGGAAGAAGGGUCUUUGACAUUUAUAUACAGGGAUUACGUAAGGAGAAGGACUUUAAUAUAAGAAAGGAAGCUGGUGGAAAAUCUUUUACAGCAGUCAUGAGAGAGUACCAAGCACCUGUAACAAACAACUUCCUAGAAAUACAUUUCUUUUGGGCUGGAAAAGGUACAUGUUGUAUUCCUACUCAAGGUUACUAUGGUCCAUCCAUUUCUGCAAUCAGUGUAUCUCCUUAUGACUUCAUACCAUCUGUUAGUAACAAAGCACCAAAUUCCUCUUCAUCAAGCAACAAAACAGGAUUAAUUGUAGGUAUUGUAGUUGGUGUUGUGGUGUUGUUGGGACUCGUCAUUUUUGCAAUAAUAUUGUGGAGACAUAGGAAAGAAAAACUUAGCAAAGAUGAUGCAGAGUUGUUAGGAUUGAAUUUCACACCAAAUACAUUCAGCUAUGUUGAAUUGAGAGCAGCAACUGAGGAUUUUAACCAGUCUAAUUUUCUCGGAGAAGGAGGCUUUGGGCCUGUAUACAAGGGUAAACUAUAUGAUGGAAAAAUGGUAGCAGUAAAGCAACUAUCAGUAGCAUCUCACCAAGGAAAGAGACAAUUUGUGACCGAAAUAGCAACCAUAUCAGCAGUUCAACACCGUAAUCUAGUUAAGUUGUAUGGUUGCUGCAUUGAGGGAGAUAAGAGGCUCUUGGUUUAUGAGUACUUGGAAAAAAGGAGUUUAGAUCAAGCUAUUUUCGGAAGAAAUGAUUUGCAUCUUGAGUGGGAAACACGCUUUGAGAUUUGUCUGGGAGCAGCAAGAGGCUUAGCAUAUCUUCAUGAGGAAUCAAGUGUGAGAAUUGUUCACAGGGAUGUAAAAUCCAGCAAUAUUCUAUUAGAUGAAAAUCUUAACCCAAAGAUAUCAGAUUUUGGUUUGGCAAAGCUUUACGACAAUAAGAAAACUCACAUUAGCACAAGAGUUGCAGGAACGAUAGGUUAUCUUGCACCAGAAUAUGCUAUGAGAGGACAUCUAACAGAAAAGGCUGAUGUGUUCGGUUUUGGGGUGGUUGCUCUUGAAAUUCUUAGUGGAAGGCCUAACUCGGACCUUGCACUUGAGGAAGAGAAAGUCUACUUGCUUGAUUGGGCUUGGCAUUUAUAUGAAGAGAAGCAUGAACUGGACUUAGUGGACCCAAGUCUAUCAUCAUAUAAUAAAGAUGAAGCUAUUCGAGUAAUCCGCAUUGCUCUUCUAUGCAUCCAAGCAUUGCCGGCCUUCCGACCGCCAAUGUCGAGAGUGGUGGCUAUGUUGGUUGGAGAUAUCGAGAUUAAUGAGGUCACCUCAAGGCCAAGCUAUCUAACAGAAUGGCAGUUUAAGGAUAUAAGCAGCAAUUUUGUUAAUGAUGAUUUUUCAAGCUCAACAGACACAAGACUAACAGAUAGCCAAACUAGUGUGCCAUCAGAUCAAAACAAUGUAAUUUACAUGGAGGCUAAUCCUUCAGCUGAUGCGCCUUUAAGGCACAACUCUAUUGAAGAAGGAAGAUGAUAUCUCUUCCUCCAAAGUAAAAUCAAUAUUCAUCAAUUACAGUGCAAAGCA